GAGUAGUUUCCCCUGUCAGCUCACCAUGGCAACAGAACAACCCGGCAUUGGGUGUUGCGCUCUUGUUGUCAACCCACCUUUGUCUAUGAACAGAUCGAAGCUCACUGUUCCCACUGAUGUACUGCGCAUCAUUCUUUGGACCCCAUAUUUCAAUAUUUCAUCAGUGACGGUUGAGUCUCUAGCUUCGAACUUGAAAGACCCGCAAUAUCUUGAUGCCUGAAGGCUGACAUGACGCCAGGUUAGAACGAAAACUUCCUCAUAACACACAAUGCCCAUCGUAAAGACACCCAAAGAAGCGGAACCACCAUGGAAAGAUUGGGACCGCCGAGCUCAAAAGAAAGGAAUUCACCAUACAGUUUAUUCCGUCAACGGAGACCAGUACACGGGAGAUUGGCUUGAUAACAAAAAAGACGGCAAGGGUACAUACAAAUGGAAGGACACUGGCUGCAUAUAUGAAGGUGACUGGAAGAAAAAUAAACGAAAUGGUUUCGGAACUCUAAGCUAUCCUGAUGGCAGAGGAGGCUAUAAAAAAGAAUAUUCAGGUGGCUGGAAAAAUGAUCUACGGCAUGGCUAUGGCACUGAGUUUUAUACAGAUGAUGAAUAUUAUGAAGGGGAGUGGUAUGCAGGCAAACGUAGCGGCUGGGGGCGCAUGUACUACAAAGAUGGCACCAUUUAUGAGGGAGAAUGGUAUGAUGAUGAGUGCUCAGGGCAGGGCAUGAUGCGUCUUGCCAAUGAAAAUCGCUAUGAAGGUUCCUGGAAAAAUGGCAAAAGGAAUGGGCCAGGAAAAUUCUAUUACCUGGACACAGGACAGCUGUUUGAAGGUGUCUGGGUAGACAACACACCUAAAUGUGGGAGUAUGCGUGACUUUGGUCGAGACCAUGCACCGGACCCAACUCCUUACCCUAUACCAGCUAUUGAACUUAAAAAUCCCAACAAUGUGCUGGCUGAAGUAGAGGAAAAGUUCCUUCAGGACCUAGACUGACAUGCAGGAACUGCCUAGGUCCUUCAUGAUAAUGCACACUGAAUAACUGACACAAAGCAUUCUUCUUGAUUUUACAUCAAGAAACAAAUAGGAUGUGACUAUGGACAUACUAGUUGUGCCUCUAAGUUGUACAUUAGUUCAUCAUAGGGUUAAUUCCUGAGCACCUCUUCUUCUGAACAAAUACUUAAAGUUCCAACAUAAAUUUUUUCCUUAUUAUCACCUCACUGCUGUUUCUGCCCUAACUUUGAUGCCAGCAUCUGAAUAAAAGGUCUCCUUAACACCAUCUCAGACUGAAUGAAUGUUUAACACCAUCAAAGAUGCAUGCUUUCUCUUUUUCUUAUCCAACCCCAACAAAUAACUUUCCAGGAUGAAAUAGACAACUGUCACUUUUUUUACUUCUGUAAUUGCUGGCAUACCUGAUAGAAUUAUUUUCUAACAAAUUUCUCAAAAUGCUUUAAUGGAGUUAAGGAUAUGCUAAAAUCACGUCAAUACUAAAUGAUCCAGUGGGUCUACUUAUUCAGUAUCUGAUAUAGAGCAACUAGGUAAGUCCUCAGUGAGGCAAGUAUUUUCUUUUUGCUUUUUGAGAGAGAGGGAGAAUGAAUAAGAAAGAGAAAAAGAGAUUCCCUAAACUGUGGGAUUCAUGACUCCUAAGCACAAGAAAAUGCUGAUCAACAACUAAUUGGCAUGUCCAAAAACGGGCUUUCAAAAACUAGAAAAGAAUAUCACAAAUGUUAAUACAUUAUACGGAUAAUAAAUGCAAAGAAGCAAUCAAA